AUGUCUGAACGCACACCACUUCUCAGGUCGGAUCAUGAGAACCAAAACUAUGGAUCUUCUUGUCGUGAUACAGUCGCGACUUCUGAGCUGGAUGGAGAAGUAGCGAUCAUUCCCAAAGAGCUCUCCUUCGCAAGACUCGCUAUGAUCAUGAGCACAGCCUGGCUUGGCGUCUUCCUCGGUGCAGCCGAUACAACUGUUAUCGCUACCCUGUCUGCUCAGAUUUCCAGCGAGUUCAACUCUCUUAGUCUCCUAUCCUGGCUUGCUACGGCAUAUCUGAUAGCCAAUGCUGCUAGUCAGCCAAUCUCAGGCCGUCUCACCGACAUUUUCGGUCGUGGACCUGGUUUGGCAUUUAGUAACAUUGCCUUCGCAGUUGGGAACCUCAUAUGCGGUCUUGCUACUAGCCAGAAGAUAAUGAUACUUGGAAGAGUCAUCGCUGGAAUCGGCGGUGGGGGGCUUAUGAGUAUACCAACCUUCCUAGGCUCAGAUCUUGUCCCUCUUCGGAAGCGUGGACUAGUGGGAGGUAUUGCCAACAUCUGGUAUGCUUCAGGUGCUAUGGUCGGUGCUGUAUUUGGUGGCUUCUUAAAUGACUAUACCAGCUGGGGAUGGAGAAUGGCGUUUCUCAUCCAAGUUCUCCCUUCUCUGCUCUCAGCUCUCAUCGUGUACAGUUUGAUCAAAGUUCCACCCAAACAGUCUGACAAGUCCUACGUCAAGCGUAUUGACUUUGGCGGCGUCUUUUUGGUUUCCUCUUUCCUGGCAUCCCUCGUCUUAGGUCUAAGCUCUGGAGGAAACAUAGUCCCGUGGCUGCAUCCCUUGCCUAUAGCAGCGAUUUCACUCUCGAUUCUAUUGUUCUCAGCCUUCGUCGUCUGGGAGCUUAGAGCUUCUCAGCCAAUCAUCCCUGUCCGGCUUCUUCUCAACCCAACAGUACUUGCUUCUUGCUUGGCUAGUGUCUUUUGCUCAGCCAUUGCUCUGACCAGCAUCUUUUAUGUCCCUCUCUAUCUUCAAGCCCGUGGUGAUUCCGCCACUAACGCGGGUUUGAAGAUAUUACCGGCGUCAGUUGGCACAUGCCUCGGAGGACUCGUCCCCGGCUACCUCAUGAAGAAGACGGGCAAGUAUGUAGGACUGGUAGUAAGCAGUAUUCUUGCUCUUAUCAUAGGCACUGCCAUAUUCGCAGUUCAGAAUGAUGUCAGUCCAGCUUGGAUGACUUGCCUGGCCUUCUUUAUCGUUGGCCUGGGUUACAAUGCCGUCUUCAGCAUUACACAGGUCGCUUGCGUAGCAGCUGUAGGUCAUGCGCAACAGGCCGUUGUCACAUCCACCACAUACCUAGCACGAAGCUUGGGCGGCACCAUUGGAAUAACACUCGCCUCCGUCUUAUACCAAUCAAGCCUAGAUAUGAGCUUGUGGGCCCGGUUCGGCAAUCAGCCUAAUGCGGCAGAUGAGAUUUGGCGUAUCAAGGAUGACCUGACCGAGAUUCACCAUCUGCCCGAGGGCUGGUACAGUGGAGUAAUGGAGUCACUCAUGAAAGCAUUUGGACAUGUUUGGUUGAUGAUGCUGGCUUGGGCAGUACUAGCCUUAAUCUCCAUUUCACCGAUCAAGCAACACAAGCUUUUCAGUACGUUGGACAGAAAAUGA